UCGUUUGUCUUUUUUGCUCGUCACGAUUGACUACGUUCCCCACUCGCCACUCUUGGUGUUUAUUGUCAUUUUGCAUUUGUCAUUCGCCAUUCGCCUUUCGCUCGUUGCUGGUUUUCCGCGUACAUUAUUGCACUCAAAUUUCUUUAAAGUCUCAUUUAACGUUUAUUCAAGCCUAUUUACCGUCGACAUCAUGCCAAGCCCAGUGAAGAAAGUACGCAAAGUCUCCGACGAAAACGUUUUGGGUUUCUCCAAACUUUCCGAACACGGUUUUGCUCCGACUAAGGGUAGCGAACACGCGGCCGGAUACGAUUUGAGAAGUGCUUAUCCAUAUGUUGUAAAAGCCCAUGGCAAAGAGCUUAUAAAAACUGACAUUCAAAUUAAAGUGCCGGCGGGUACCUAUGGCCGUGUUGCUCCACGUUCUGGACUCGCCUGGAAAAAUUUCAUCGAUGUUGGUGCGGGUGUGAUUGACAGCGAUUAUAGAGGAAAUGUUGGUGUUAUAUUAUACAACCAUUCUGAUGACGACUUCACAGUAAAUAAAGGCGAUAGAGUUGCACAACUCAUUUGUGAAAAGAUUGUUUAUCCGGAUGUAGUAGAGUUUGAGACAUUGGAUGAGACUGAUCGAGGUGAAGGUGGUUUUGGAUCCACUGGCACUAAUUAAAAUGUUAAUAUGUAUCCUGUCGUGCUGUUUUUAAUUUUUUAUCAAAAUAUUGUGAUACCUCAUUAUAAUUAAUCUUUUUUUUUUUUAAGAAGCUUUGUAACACAAGAUCCUUUGUAGUUAAGUUAGUCAUAAACUUGAUGUAUUUUAUAAGUCUGUAAAUUGAUAAAACGGGUGUAAUUUUUUUUAUUUUAUGAUAACUUUUAUUCUAUUUACAACAUUUAUUUAUAAUUUCUGAUUUAUCCUAAGACAUUGUUAAAUAAUAUAACAUUAAAGAAGAACUAAAUCACAAUUUAA